AUGAUGUCAUAUCAAGAAAUUGUUCCAAUUGGAACUUCAUUAAUCAUUGGAGCCACUUGUUUUGGAUUAGGAGUUAUCUAUGGUAACUGGCCAUUUGAUUUAAAUACUUUAUGGAGACAUGAUGUUCCUAAUGGAUUUGAAGAUUCUCUUAAUUAUUAUAAACAAUGGGGUAAUUCACCAAUGUAUAUUCAUUAUACUUUACAUGCUGUUGGUAUUCUUGGAUUAAUUGGACAUUUCAUCAAAUUAUAUAAACCAGAUGAAGAAGCUAAAUAUUUCGAAUAUGGUAGUUUAGGUUUAUUCAUGGUUGGUAUUAUUAUUUAUUUGACCAAUUUAAGAACCGGUGUCAAUUCUUGUGUUAGUGGAGAAUGGGGUGAAGUUGAUCAACAAACUGGUAUUAAUGUUGUUGCUGCUAGUCAAGUUAUGAUUAUCUUUGUUUUAUUGGGAGUUUUGGUUUUACAAGGUGGAUUAUACUAUGCUCAAUGGUAUGAUAACAAAUUGAAAGAAGAAUUCUAUAGACAAGAAGCUGAAGAAGCCGCUUUAGCUGCUGAAAAGCAAGCUAAACAAGAACAUGACAUUGUUGUUGAAGAACAAAAGGAAGAAGCUAAAGCCACUGGUGCUUCUAAGAGUGGUAACAAAUCUGCCAAAAAGAGAAAGUCUUAA